AUGUCGAAACGUGACGUCGUCCUCACCAAUGUCACUGUUGUCCAGCUACUGAGGCAGCCAUGCCCUGUUACAAGAGAACCACCACCACCACCACCUGAAUGUAAACUUGAGGAGCCACCACCCAGGGCUCCAUCGCCGCCACCACCGCCGCCGCCGCCGCCGCCUACUCAAGUCAAAGAAGAGAGGCCACUCCCUCCUCCUUCUCCUCCACCCCCUCCACCCCCUCAGCCACCCAAAAAGCCCAUGAAAGAGCUAACAGUGGGCAUCAAUGGAUUUGGACGAAUUGGCCGCCUGGUAUUGCGUGUCUGCAUGGAGAAGGGCAUUAAGGUGGUGGCUGUGAACGAUCCAUUCAUUGACCCAGAAUACAUGGUAUACAUGUUCAAAUAUGAUUCCACGCAUGGGCGAUACAAAGGGACCGUGGAGCACAAGAACGGACGGCUAGUAGUGGAUAACCUUGAGAUCAACGUGUACCAGUGCAAAGACCCCAAAGACAUCCCCUGGCGUUCUGUAGGAAGUCCCUAUGUGGUGGAGUCUACAGGUGUAUACCUGUCCAUAGAGGCAGCUUCGGCACACAUCUCAGCUGGUGCCCAGCGUGUAGUAGUCUCUGCACCCUCCCCUGACGCGCCCAUGUUGGUCAUGGGUGUGAAUGAGAAGGAAUACAACCCUGGCUCUAUGAACAUUGUCAGCAACGCAUCCUGUACCACCAACUGCCUGGCCCCCCUCGCAAAGGUUAUUCACGAACGCUUUGGGAUCGUGGAAGGGCUAAUGACCACAGUCCAUUCCUACACGGCCACUCAGAAGACAGUGGACGGGCCGUCAAAGAAGGACUGGAGAGGAGGACGAGGGGCUCACCAAAACAUCAUCCCAUCUUCCACUGGGGCUGCCAGCGCUGUAGGCAAAGUCAUCCCAGAGCUCAAAGGGAAGUUAACGGGAAUGGCAUUCCGGGUGCCAACCCCAGAUGUAUCUGUUGUGGAUCUGACGUGCCGCCUGGCCCAGCCUGCCUCCUACUCAGAUAUUAAGGAGGCUAUGAAAUCAGCAGCCAAGGGGCCUAUGGCUGGCAUCCUUGCUUACACAGAGGACCAGGUGGUCUCCACGGACUUUAUCGGCGAUCCCCAUUCGUCCAUCUUCGAUGCUAAGGCUGGCAUUGCCCUCAAUGACAACUUCGUCAAACUCGUUAGCUGGUACGACAACGAAUAUGGCUAUAGCAACCGUGUGGUCGACCUCCUCCGCUACAUGUUUAGCCGAGAGAAGUAA